UGGCAGAAGAAGCCAGGAGAAAGAAGACACGAAGAAAGUCAGCUAGCCUCGGGGAAGGACCUGCCAAUAGGAGUGGAGCGUGAAUAGGCCACCUGCUUUGCACUCCAUUGAGACAACAGAGAAACCUGGUACUAUGGAGGCUGGAGAUACCAAGGAACAAGAGAAGAACCAGCAGAUCAACGGGCUGCAGCAGAAGCCAGAAAUGACUGAAACUGCAUUUGAAGGGGGAACUGAGGCAUUCGAAGGGGGAAAUGAGGCAGGAGAAGCAGAGACUGCUGAGAAAAAGGACAGGAAGUUUGCAGAAGAAACUGGGAAAGAGGUGGAUGAAGCAAGUGAAGCAGAGAAAGCAAAGGGGGAUGCUGGGAAUGAGGUACAUGGAGAGAAGGAGGCUGGGAAAACUGAGGCUGCUGGAAUUGAGGCAAAGCAGAAGGAAGAAUCCGCAGAAGAGGCUUCUGAAUCUGAAAAGGGAACAGCAUCCAAGGCAAGCCAGAAGGAGCAGGUAGUCAAAGAGAACAGCCAACCCGAAUCUGAGGGUGUAUCUGAGACCAAAAAUGAAGUUUCUGGAAAACCAGAAGACCUACAGGAAGAAGAAGGGGGGGAAGCUGAUGUUUUGAAGAAAAAUGCCAAGGAAGAGCCUUCUUCAGCACUUCCAAUAAUGGAAGAGGUUCCAGAAGGGACACCAAGCCAGGCUAGAACUGGCAGCACUUCGGAUGAGCCUCUUUCACCAGAAGCCGAAGAGGAAGAGGAAGAGUUCUGGCCAGAAUUCCCUCCCCGUUCUCCUGAAGCAAGUCCACAAAGCCCAACAGAGCUCAAAGGUUUGGAGACAGGUGGCAUUACUCCACCAACUACCACUUCAGAAGCUGCUCCAGCGGAUAUCGCCAGCCCUGAAGCCGCCCUGAAGGGAGAGAAAGAGCCCCCUUCUGCUGCACCAGAGGAAGCAGCUGCUGCCAAAGAGAAAAAGAAGAGGCCUACUUUUGACCGGAGAGAGAUUAGCAGGCCAAGGAUACCACCCAGGGGACAGUCCCGCAAAGCCAUUGUGGAGAAGUUUGGAGGGUGAGGCCACGGUUCACUGCCAAUGCAGGAAAACAUAAGAAGGAGAGGUGGUUGACCUUUUGUGCCUAAUAUCUCUUUUUCUAAUUUUCAGCAUGUGGACAUCCAGAACUUUUCCACCAGUUGGAAAAGUGGCAUGGCUUUUUGUGCCCUCAUCCACAAGUUCUUUCCUGAUGCCUUUGACUACGCAAACCUUGAUCCAGCAAAUCGGAAAGAGAAUUUCACCCUGGCCUUCUCUACUGCUGAGAAAUAUGCAGACUGUGCUCAACUCCUGGAGGUGGAUGACAUGGUGCACAUGAGUGUUCCUGAUAAUAAGUGCAUCUACACCUAUAUCCAGGAACUUUAUCGCAGCUUGGUGGAGAAAGGACUAGUAAAGACCAAGAAGAAAUAGAAAUGCAAAGCAGGCUUUGGCUUCAGGCUCAUUGGAAGCUAUAUAAAAACUUGGUAGGACAGAGGGAAUGCAACAUGGGAUGUAUAUAUUCUGCAAUUUUCCAAGCAUGGCACUGGAACCAACUACUACUACUUAACCCUCAUUAGCAGUAAAAUCUGCUAUGCACCACCCUUCUGCCACCUGAAAAGAGCAGGAAAGGAACGCUUACUGAUGCCAUGCCAGCAUUUCAAGCAGAGCAGAACUGAGUCUGCCCCAUAUGUACGAGACUCAGAAGAAGUGUUACCAUCAGCAACUCUGCAUCCUCUUUUUGGGUUGCAAAAGUGUUCCUGCAACCCAUGCUGCAAUCACUCUUUCCCUGACCAGGCACCGGUACUAUUAAAGCACAACUGUACCAAGUCAAGGUUGUCACACAAUAUUUUUAUGCUGCAUUCUGUUUUAGCAAUGGCAGCUCAGGUGCCCUACGGCGUGGUUUCCAAGGGAGAAUGCAAACAUGUUCUCUGUUUGAAGUAGCUGCCCAGGCAUAUUAGAAUGGUUUGAGCAGUGCAGCAUAUGUGACCCAAUCUUAUGUUUUGUUUACUAAGAAAUAAGCUCCUCUGCAUUCAGCUAUUCACCAAACCAUUGAACUUUGAGCAAAGAAAUCACACUGUGCAGAUAAGAGGCUAAGAAUAAACAAGCUGACUGGAGGGAGAGGGGGAUUCCCUCCUUUGUGGUUUACAGGAAAAGUGCUGGGCAAACAUCAAAUGACAAAGCUUUCAAUGUUGUGUGGCAAUGAAAACCUCUCUGGAGGCAGAGAUUUACAUGGGGUGAUUUUGCUCUGUUCU